UUCCUGACAUCUGACAGUAAGGACUUUGUAUUGAGAUUUUUUUGACAAAGGUGUUGGACGAUUAGAGGAACACACUUCUGUAUAUUAUGGCGUGUUUUUCUGCCACAUUUGGUGUUAUCACAGCUCUGGGAUUGGUACACCUCUCAGCAGCGAACAGGGGCACCUGCGACGUCUACGCUGCAGUUGGGCAAAAUGUGACUCUGCCUUUUGUCUAUGAAGGAUUACCAAGCUCACAUUCACUGAAAUGGACUCACAACAACAGCACCAUUUUCUACAGAAAGCACGGCAAGAUGACCCAUGGAAAACCAGAGGACAUCACUGCAACUGGAUCUCUUUUGCUGCAGAACAUAAAGUCCAUAAGUGAAGGGAUUUACCAAGCAACUGUGCUGCGUCCCAAUAACACGUUGGCUAAGUCCUGGACUGGUCGUCUCUGCGUGAUGGAAAAAGUACAUAAACCUCAUCUCAGUUAUGUCUGUGACGUCAAGUCUAACGCUGUUAAUCUCAACUGCCACGUAGCCAAACCCCAGUCUGUGGUGUUCUCGUGGACACUUGAUAAAAAGGUAUUACCAAGUGAAACAAAACAAACACUGAGCUUCUCUCUUUCUCAGCUGAAAGAGGAGAAGAGCUUCUCCUGUAGCGUGGCCAACAGUGUCAGCAAGGAAAUCAGCAACACAGUUCGUCCGGCAUGUAAAGCUCCAUCGCCAGCGCCGCAACUAUUAUGUUUAAAACCCAUAAUUGUUGUGGCGGCGUUGGCGGGAGGAGCAGCUCUGAUUGUACUUUUGCUCAUCGCUGUCAUGGUAUUGUGCUGCUGCCUCAGACGCAGCAGAUCCCAGAUGAAAGUCAAGGAGAACAGCGGGUUGAGGAUGCUUUCUCUAAAGAGGCGGGAGCUGGACUGCGCCAGCCCGAUGUAUGAGACGAUGCACCGUACGGAGCCGUCCCCUCCUGCGACCCCCCAGCCCUCACAGAGAGCUUCUUACCAGAGCCUCUCCCCCUCUGAAGUGCAGACUGAGGAAGCACCUCAGCAGCUAUCUCCAGCUGUUGAGCCGUCACCGGUGCCAGCGCCGAGGACAAAGAACAUCCGGAAACAAAACAUCUGAACCACCUCUGAUGGAAACUUUUCGGGGAACCAAACGAGCUGUUUUGUUCAUAUAGUUGCAACAAAAAGGAGAAGAAAAUGUCUCAUUGUAGAUAUUGCACAUCAUUUCUUUGAGGGAGUGCAGCUUGGCUCUCCUUACAGGGCAAACGCACGUCGUCAGCCCCAACACAGAACCGGAGGCUUGUUUGGUUAAAGAAUCUGACUGUUUGAGCAAUAUGUUUGACAGUUGUUCAGGAUGUUUUAUUUUGUCCGUUUACAAACCGUUACAAACUGUUGCUUCUUUUUUUCCCCCAUUUGACUGUAAAUAAGUGCUUGGAGUUUUCUAGUUGUACCACAUGUACUUCAGGCCGUUGCUACCCUGCUGUAUAAUCUGUGAAUAAGUCGGAGAGCUUCAUUUUCUUGGGUAAAAAAAGGGAAAUGAAAUUGGAGGAAAUUCUUUUUUUCUUUUUUAAUGACACUCCAGGGGGUAUUUCCGCAGUGAGUGCAUGACGUCUUGAUCUUUACAUUUUGUAUGGUUUUUUUUGAGUUUGUACUUGCUGAAUAAAACCGAGGUGGGCUGAUUUGGCCCGCUGUUGUUUUCCUUCUGUUUGGCUCCCCUUCAU